CUCCCCAGCAGCCCCAUUAGUGCAUCCAUUCCUCGGGGCCCGGGAUUCCUCCGAAAUGUUUUUCAAAAAAGAGAAAAAUAAGCUGUAACCAAGGAGGUUGACGCGCCGGGCUUUCCUUUAUAUCCUCCCCAAGGUACUGCAAAGGCUGACGGCAGAUUCUGGACCCAGGUCGAAAUUCCACCUCCUGAUUCCCUGAACCUACUCCUAUCGAACCUAUCGAUUCCCAUUCCGUGCCCAGGUAUUUGCCUGGAUUCCCAAGCCUAAGCCAGGUGAGCAGGCUAACAGGCAAGGGAUGGGCAGGUAGAGAACGGGAGACAGAGGCAAGCAAGGACGAAAAACUAAGAAACUGGCAGGAGAGCUGCGAGGAUAGUGAGCAAACUGCACUGAUCUCUCACAAGCCAGAGGGAUCUGAGACUGCAUAGACUAUUCCAAACUUCGAACAGAUGAAUAUUUGGGCUCAAGUUGCCGAGGCUCAGGAGGAGGGAUAUGGAGCACAGGAGCAGGAUGCCCCGGGGCACCUGGCCUGCUCAGAAAGCACCCAGGCAGAGUAGAUAACAGACCCGAGGCUUCCACAGAGAGAGAGGAAAACGUCCGACAAAGAAAUGGGCAGUGAGAGCCAAGAGAGUCCAGCAUCCACGAAUCGUGAAGAUCUUUGGGAUUUUAAAGCAAAGGGAAAGUAGUGUGCCUCGGACUCCCCUAGGUCCAAUCCCUCUUUUCAUCAAUCCUCUCCCUUUAAUUAAAACUGCUCUUCUCUCCUCCUCCCCCCCCCCCAUUCCCCGGAAGAAUGUGUCCAGGGAAGGGUUAAAAAUCCUAGUCCCAGCUGACAGUCAGCUGAUUGGCCUCUGAUUGACAGCUCCGAAAAGUUUCCUUGUUUCUAUACUAUUAUGCUAAUCGGGGCUGGUUUUGAGGUCCCUCAUUGGUCCGGAGUCGGAGUCAAUUUCCCAGCUACGUCAGAACUGCUAUAAAACUCAGCAAUUGCUUUAAACUCUUCUUGCUGGAUGAGGCUUUAAAAUAUUUUUCAUCUUCUAGCCAUAGCCUGAGCUGACUUUUUCCCCCCUUUCGGAAUUUGGGUUGACUCCCCUCAGCCAGCCCCCUUCCCCUCCCCCCACCCCCAGUAGUUCGCUUUCCUCUUGGCCAUCCCCACUGCACCUCUCCCUUGCACUUUGCACUGGGGGGAAGGGGGGAAGAAAAGAAGGAAAGAGAGAGAGAGAGAGACAGAGACAGAGACAGAGAGAGAGAAAGAGAGAGAGAGGCAUGAAGUGCUGAGCUCCCCUCUUGCAUCCAGCCCCAGAAGCGGCAGCGGCGGCGGCGGCAGCAGCAGCGGCAGCAGCAGCGGCGGCGGCGGCAGCAGCGGCAGCAGCGGCGGCAGCAGCAGCAGCAGCAGCAGAAACAGCGAACGGCGCAGCACGCCCGCCGCCCCCCAGCCCAGCCCCCGCGGCCAGCUGCAAACCCCGAGAGCGAGUCCUCCCUAUGCAAAAAGGAGCGAAGAGGUGUGGGAAGGGGGCGGCCCAAAGAGAGCAGCCGCGGCGCUCCGGGACGCAUCCCCUGGUGCCGUAGGAAAGCCGAGUCCCGGAGAAGAGAAGGGACAGAGACUGAGACCGAGGCAAAGGCAGAGGGAGACUCGCACACACCCACCCACCUACCCAACCCAGAGGCGCACACACGCAGAGACACAGACCCACAGACCCACACACACACGCGCGCGCACACACACAGAGGCGCGCGGGGGGGAGGGGGGACGCGCUCGGGCGUGAGCGGGGGCCCCGGCCGGCCAGAGGGGGUGGGGAGCGGGGGCUUGCUGCGGGUGGGCCUGUUGGGCGAGGGGAGCGAGAGGCCGAAGCAGAUCCUUCCCGGCAAGCUGGCUCACCCGCUGGCGACUCAGCACAGUUCGCUGGCUCCCCUUCUUCAGCCCAUCUGGAGGAGCAGCGGCGGCGGCGGCGGCGGCAGAAGGAUGGCAUCAGAGCUGGCAAUGAGCAGCUCCGACCUGCCCACCAGUCCCCUGGCCAUGGAAUAUGUUAAUGACUUCGAUCUGAUGAAGUUUGAAGUGAAAAAGGAGCCGGUGGAGACGGACCGCAUCAUCAGCCAGUGCGGCCGCCUCAUCGCCGGGGGCUCGCUGUCCUCCACGCCGAUGAGCACGCCCUGCAGCUCCGUGCCCCCCUCGCCCAGCUUCUCGGCGCCCAGCCCGGGCUCGGGAAGCGACCAGAAGACUCACCUGGAAGACUACUACUGGAUGACCGGCUACCCGCAGCAGCUCAAUCCGGAGGCGCUGGGCUUCAGCCCCGAGGACGCGGUCGAAGCGCUCAUCAGCAGCAGCCACCAGCUCCAGGGCGGCUUCGAUGGCUACGCCCGGGGCCAGCCGCUGCCCGGCUCCGGGGGCUCCCUGGGCGCCGAGGAGGUGGGCUCGUCCGCCGCUGCCGUUGUGUCGGCCGUGAUCGCGGCAGCCGCGGCGCAGAGCGGAGCGCCACACUACCACCACCAUCACCACCACCCCGGGGGCCACCACCACCCGCCGGGCGCCGUGCCCCCCACAGCCUCCGCCGCCUCCGCUGCAGCCGCAGCCGCAGCCGCAGCGGCCGCGGCCGCCGCGGCCGCCUCGGGCCCCGGCUCGUCCAGCUCCAGCUCCAGCUCGUCCAGCUCCAGCUCGUCCGGAGGCGGCGGCAACGGCGGGGGCGGCGGCGGCGGCGGCUCGGCUGCGGGGGCCGGCGCCUUGCACCCUCACUCGCACCCGCACCCGCACCCGCACAGCAGCCUGCACUUCGACGACCGCUUCUCCGACGAGCAGCUGGUCACCAUGUCAGUGCGGGAGCUCAACCGACAGCUCCGGGGGGUCAGCAAGGAGGAGGUGAUCCGGCUGAAACAGAAGAGGAGGACCCUUAAAAACAGAGGCUAUGCCCAGUCGUGCCGCUUCAAGAGGGUCCAGCAGAGGCACGUCCUGGAGUCCGAGAAGAAUCAACUCCUGCAGCAAGUUGAGCACCUCAAACAGGAGAUCUCCAGGCUGGUCCGGGAGCGGGACGCCUACAAAGAGAAAUACGAGAAAUUGGUCAGCAGUGGCUUCCGAGAAAACGGCUCGAGCAGCGACAACCCGUCGUCUCCAGAGUUUUUCAUGUGAGUUUUACACUCAAAUUCAAGCUUGCCACCCUAAUCAGUUCUCCAUGUGAAUGAGGUCUGGGCUUGGGGCUUGCUAGUCCAAGAACCGAGCUUGCCACCACCCAAUUGUUUUUUUUUUUUCUUUCUUUCUUUCUUUUUCUUUUUCUCUUUCUUUUUCUUUCUUUCUUUCUUUUUCUUUUUCUUUUUUUUUUUAAAGCAACACUCACAAACCCAACAUACAAAGUCCUUCCCUGAGUUUUGUGGUCGCAGUUGUUUGUUUUUGGUGGGGGAGGGAAUGGGGCUGGCUCACUUAAUUGCCAACCUUAAAUUCUCCAUGACUUGCUUGCUAUUUUUUAACCUCCCCCCCCCAACACUUGCUCAAUGUUCAAACAUCCCAACUGAGUUCUUCAUGUGAAGCAUGGCUCACCUUUGAAACCUGCCGUCAUUCACUUUUUUUUUUCUUUUAAUUUUUCAGUUCCUGAGCUAGUGUUUCUGGGUUUGUUGUUGUUUUGUACUUUUAAAAAAGCAUUUAUUUGGGGGAACUUGCUGUGUUGCCUCCAUUCAUCUUCCACCCACCACCAACCCACCUCCACCCCACCGGAAAAAAAAAAGAAAAGAAAAAAAAUCAAAGUUUUCUUUCUUUUUUUCCCUCCCCUCCCAUCUUAAGUUCUUCAUGUGAGAUUGAGUUUGCGGAAAUGUGAAGUUGUAGACUUGCAGCUUGCUGAAUCCCAUCGGUUUUUAGCGUUGUUAUGCUAAACUAGAGAAACCAAUCCCGAUCAACCUGCCAAAAAUUCAAGCCUGCAUCAAUCAGCCUGCCUUCCUUCCGGGUGUGUACAUGUGAGUUUGGGCCUUAGCCUGCCAAACUGGAGACUUUUAGUUUGCCAUUAGAAACUCAUUCUCAUCUCAUGCAUUAUGCUUGCAACUUUGUCUUAGCAACAAUGAACUGUUAACUGUUUCAAAAGACUUUAUGAAAAAAAAGAGACGUUAUAUUAAUAAAAAACCUGCAUGCUGGACAUGUAUGGUAUAAUUAUUUUUCUUUUUUUUUCUUUUUGUUUUUUGUUUGUUUGUUUUUUUUUUUUUUGGCUUGGAAAUGGACUUGGAGACUAUUAUGGCAUGGCAUCCAUACUUCUGUUUAUUGCCUCAUCACUUUUUGAAUUGAGAAAGCAAAAAAAAAAAAAAAAAAAAAAAAAAAAAAAAAAAGCAACCCUAGACCCUCCUUCCCAUGAAAGUUUGCAUCUGCUCUAAAACUGCUUUGAGUUCCUCAAACUUCAGACUUCCACUUAAAUGCACUGAAGGCAUUCCCUGUCAAAGAUGCCUGAAUGGAUUCAUAAUUUAAUGUGGCAAAAAUUAAAGAACUUUUCAUGGUGUUUAAGAGCAACAACCCAGUUUGGGAACUAAAAUUGUGCUGUUGCCUAAAAGCAGUCUAAAAUUUAUUUUUAAAAAAAUAAAAUCUGCCCCAUUUUUCCCCUUUUGGUCAUUGUCAAAUAUGGAAUGCUAUGGGUUCCUGGUAUAUAAUUUAAUUCUAGUUUUUAUAAUCUGUUAGCCCAGUUAAAAUGUAUGCUACAGAUAAAGGAAUGUUAUAGAUAAAUUUGAAAGAGUUAGGUCUGUUUUAGCUGUAGAUUUUUUAAAAGAUUGAUGCACUAAAUUGUUUACUGUUGUGAUGUAAAGGGGGGGGUUAGAAGUUUGCAAGGGGACUGUUUAAAAAGUAGCUUAUCCAGCAUGUGCUUGCAACUUAAACAUAAGUUGGGUAUAUGUAGUCCUUGCUAUACCAUUGACUGUAUUUGAGAACCAAAGUAUUAAAAGGGGGAGCACCCCAUUUAUAUCUGUAGGGGGUAUUUUACAUUCAAAAUGUAUGUGUUUUUUUUUCAAAAUGAAAAGUAUUGGGGACUGAAUUGCACUAAGAUAUAACCUGCAAGCAUAUAAUACAAAAAUUGCAAAACUGUCUAGAACGCUAAUAAAAUUUAUGCAGUUAUAAAAGAUGGCAUUACUGCACAGUUUUAUGAUGAUGCAGAUUUUUUUACAGUUGUAUUGUGGUGCAGAACUGGAUUUUCUGUAACUUCAAAAAACAAACAAAUCCACAGUUUUAAAGGCAAUAAUCAGUGAAUGUUAUUUUCAGGGACUGACAUCCUGUCUUUUAAAAAAAAAAAUGGAAAGUAAACCUUACCACAAUAAAUUUAAAAAAAUCUUGUCAGUUAUUUUUCUUUGACAUUUUGCUGUGCAAAAUUGUUUUAUAUCUUGAGUUACUCAACUAACCACGUGUGAUGUUCCUCUGUGCUUUUUCUUUCAUUUUCAACUCUGGUUAUAUCAAAAGAAAGAAUAAUCUACAAUAAUAAACUGCAAUUUUGGAUUCUGCA